CAUUCCUUCGCUGUCAGUUAGUGCGGUGACAGACGACCAUCGGUGAGCUACCAAUCCAGCUCAAAGUGUAAAUUAUGGAAGAGAUAAAUAACGUUGAAGUCGUUCCGUGCACAGAGUCGGAUUAUCUGAAGCCGUUCAGAGUGCACUAUAACCAGAAUGGCACAAAGAAAUCCUGGGACUUCAUGCGAACCCAUGACAGCGUAUCAGUGCUGAUCUUCAACACCACCUCACACUGUUUUGUCCUCGUCAAGCAGUUCCGUCCAGCUGUAUACAUGUGUGAGUGGGAAAGGACCAAGACGCAGCCGCCUCAGUCUGCUGAAAAAACUGAGGAGGGCGCCUCUGAAGCCGCUGCCGCCGCUGCCCCGGCCCCCGAGUCUCAGGAGGGCCAGUCUGCCUCCGAGGGAGAGAGCUCUCCUCAGUGGCCCCCAGCCUCAGCGGGGGUCACCUAUGAGCUCUGCGCCGGGCUGGUGGACAAACCUGGCCUCUCCCUGGAGGAGAUCGCCCGACAGGAGGUGCUGGAGGAGUGUGGCUAUGAUGUGCCUGCCUCUAAACUGAAGAGGAUUACUUCUUACAGGUCAGGUGUAGGUGUUACAGGUGCCAAGCAGACCAUGUUUUACGCCGAGGUGUCUGACGACAACUGCGUGAGCGCAGGUGGAGGUGAGCCACGGGAGGGAGAGCUUAUCGAGGUGGUCAAAGUCCCGCUGCACGAGGCCAUGACGUUUGCCUACAACGAGCGUAUACCCAAAACCAUGGGCGUCAUUUUUAGUUUCAUCUGGUUCCAUAACAAUAUGUCUCCCAAGUACAAGAUCUCCACCAAUGUGUAACUAGUAUUAACCAACCCUCUUUAUACCGUUUAUUCCAAAUCAAAUCAAACACUGGCCCAGCACAUCCACUCUUCCCCUCAUGGCUCUUCAUCCUGUAUUGCCUUUUUGCUUAUUGGUACAUGAUGAAAGGUGGGCCCCUUGUCUUGUUGCCAACAGGUAUCUUUAUCCUGUUUACCUUUUGAAUUCUUAGUGGUCUUAAUUAUUUUUUCCUGAAAAACAAAUUUGCCAUAGCUGGUUGGCACUGGCACAUUUGUCUGUUCUUGAUUCUUUGUUUUCAUAUACUGUGCCAUCUGUUUUAAAUGGCUGCAUAUCAUUGAUUUCAUUUGCCUGCCCUUGAUUAAAGGAAUACUCCACUGCUUUUAGUGUAGGCUCUUGAAUGUUAUCUGAAUUUAUAAAAGCAAGAAAACACUUUACAGACACCUGAUAUUGGCUGAGAAAAAGACCUCUACCAUUCAGCUUAGUCAAAUUGCAACUUGUUUCAGCCAUUCCUAGAACACCCAGUAUUCAUUGCAAAGUCAUUAUGCUAACCAGCCACGUGCUCCUGGUUAGCCUCGGCUCACUAACAUUUUAAGCCAUGAUGCUAACCAGCCAUGUGCUCCUGGUUAGCCUCGGCUCACUAACAUUUUAGCAUGCCAUUAAAGAUAAAGAGAUAAGGUCAAAAAAAUAAAGGAAAAAAACAGUAGAGUAUUCCUUUAAGCCAUGAUCCAGUAAUGCAAAAACUAUGCUAGUCAAUGGUGGGGCCUUGUAUCGAUCGAGGUGUUGGAUGUGUUUUAACCACCACUUGUUCAAGCAUGCCUCAGUUAAGUUCUUUGACCCACAGCCUUUAAGCAAUACUUACCAUAGUACCCCGGGCUAAACAAUCACUCAGUGUCACUGAAAACAACUCUCACUCUGUUAGAACAUAUUCAUAAGACUUUUUCUUCUACAAGCAAAAUGUGUUGUGGUAUUGUUUCACUUUACAGAAAAACCAUACACCUACCACCUCACAGAGGGCCUAAUUUUAGUUUUGAGUGUGUCAUUGUUCUCAAGCACAAUCCUGCAAUGGGUUAUCGUUAGUUUUCCGAACAUGUCAGUGAAUAACCUUAAAUACCUUCGACAUAGACAAGUUUUAAUUCCAUUUUUAGAGUUUUGAAGGAAUUCUUCUUUUGACUUUAUGUUGCCUAUAUUUUUCUGAGAUAAAGACAAACUGGAAAUACAGUAGAGAGGACAAUGGUAUAAAGGCUAAAUCCUUUAGAGAGUUAAUUUUCUACCCAGCAUGUUAAGGUUACAUUUUGAACACAUUAAUGCAGGUAUAGGAGCAAAUGACUUCAUUUAGUAGGUUCUGUGUAGUAAAUCUCAGAUGGUCAUUAACACACAAACCUAAUCUCACAAAGUGAAUCUCAACAGCAGUUUGCCAAAAUCUCAGGUCCAAAUACUCAAACUGUUGGUCAUAUUCAGGGUUGAUCUCUGGAUGUGAUGAUGACCAGCGUGCUUAUUAUUAUAUUUCCAAAUCACUUUUAGAAGUUUAAAGGCAACCAAGUUCGUACAGUUCUUACUAUAUGUUAGUAUUUUCUUCAUUCAAAAAGGGCUGGUACUUCAUUUAGUAAUUAAUAUGUGAAAAGGAAGAUUCUCCCCACCUUUAUAGUUUUGUUAAAAAUAUGCAAGUUACAACGCAAAGACAAUACUGUUUUUAGAAAAUAACUGCUCACUUAAAACAGGUAACACAACUCCUUAUUUAUGCAUUAUUAUAGUUAGAUCCAUCGCACAUCUUCAGCCACAGUGACGCAUAAGUGAGAGUUCAACUCUCCUCGGUGCACCUGUAGAAGUUAUUAAGUUACAAGCUGUAUGUGUGACAACAUUUAUUGAGUUCAAUUGGACUGUUAAAUGAUUUUUAAAAAUUACCUGCCUGAUUAAUUUGGUCGUUUGUUGACUAAAAGGUAAAGUGCUGUAUGUUAGUUAUUUUUUGUAAGAGAUUUAACUGCAAUGUUAGUAACACCUCGAACAUAUAGAAGAUGUCAAAGCAAAAUCAUAGAGCCGAAAUUCUGGUCCCCAUUAUACAACUUACUGUUGAUGUAUUUGUCUGCUCUCUGUGAGGCAGGUUACCUUGUCUGGUAUAAAAAUGAAAAAAAAAAAAAUACUUGAGGUGAAUAUGAGAAUCAGUCCAGGAUUUAUUUUGUUCUUCUAGGCUUUUUUAACCUGAGGAACAGCUGACAAUCAAAUGUCAACAUUGGUCUUUUUUUUUUUUUUUACACAUAAAACCUUGUGGGUUUUUUGUCAGUUUUCCCCCCAUUGGUUAAGUGUAUGUUCUUGUCCCUACUGAAUCUCUCAGCAGAGGACUGAGCAUCAUUUUAGGGCAUCUCAGUGCAGUUCUGCGGUGGUACAAAUGCAUUGUUCUUAUAUACACAAACAAAGUCAAGGGAAUUUGAAUCAACCAAACUAAAUAUGGUUUGUUUCACACACUGAGUCAAACAUUUAGGAGAGUAAUUUCUACCCAUACUGUUUAGGAAUAUAUGCAGAACCCUAAAGCCAUAUUUAUGCCCAGUCAUUGAGCUUCUUUGUCCGUCUGUCCGUUGAAGAUCAUUCCUUGAUGUAGGAUUGUAUAGUUUGCUGGAACUGCUUGAAUUAUUUUAAUUUUAUUGGUUUUCUUGGAAAGAGAAAGAUGAAUCCCUGUGGAGCACCCAAACCUGAAUAAUAGUAGAUACCCAACACUAAAUCAGAUUCUCUUUGUGGUGUUGGUGUCAAUUGUUAAUUUGUAAGCAGGAUUUCAAACGCAUACAAACAAUAGGAUGUAUCUACUUAUAUCAGGACACAAAACCAUGAAAAUGACCACUGUACUGUUAGUGUUAUGUGUUACUUCCAUGAGGCAUGUAGAGUAAAUCACAAAAAGAACAGAAACGGUAACACUAACAGGGCUUAUAAACAAAAUUAUUUCAACUACUCUUUUGCCACCAUAAUAUCUUUAAAUGUUUUUUAGCUUUCAGAAAUUUUUUUAUUUGGCACCUUAUCCUUGUCAGAUCAGUGCUCUCACUCCUGUACCUCCUUAUUUUCUCCACUUCUCUUCCUCCAUGUGACAAUCUUUUCUUUAGUUUUCAGUUAAAUAAGGUCUAAGUGGAUCUCAACAUGUGUUGAGAGUAUUGGAAGAUUCCCAAUGGUGCUCACGGUUUUCCAUUGCCGUCGUCUUGUCCAGUAUAAGAUGAACCCGUAGUGGGAAUAAUGAACUUGUGGAAUAACUCAUUAGAAAAUGAUCUGCAUUCCAAAGUUGAUAUAAAUUUUAAAAUAAACAAAGAUUUCUAAAAUUAACAAAACCCUCAGUUCGCUGAAAUGAGGCCAUCUGCUUGUGAUCGGCUCGGUGUAAAAGAUGACAAACAAAGCCAUUUGAACAUUUAAGGCCAGUCUGUAACUUUGUGUGCCUGUCAAAUGUGGAGAACUGCCACGUUAGUUCUCAUUUGGCUGAAAUGAUUUUUCUUUUUGAGGAAAGUUAUCACAAAAACACAAGGCUCUUCUUUGCCUUUUUCAUAGGCUUGUCAUUGUGGGCGGCAUCAGCCAGCAAGCCAACACCGGUACAUAUUUCUCCACACCUUCCCUCCAACUAUUAUCUGUAAGUUGAGUGCAUUUAGUGAACAUCACUGGGGACAUACAGCAGCCUUACUGAUUGACACAUUGAAAACAGAAGUGACAUUCACAGAAGUAGAUAGCAGCUGCAAGUGGGUGGGAUCAUGUCUAACGUCUAACGAUGUUGUGAUUUUAACUCAAUUGUUGCAGAGAAGAACAUAAACUGGAGUGGCAGCACUUCAGGUUCAGCUGGUUCUGCCAACUUCUCUAUAUAGACAGUUAAAAGUAUAUGAUGGAAUAGAUUGAUGUGAGGCCUGUAUUUUAUUUUUGUUCAGCCUGUGUUGAUCUGCUCUCAUGACCUGUAGUCUAUUUUAUACUCACCAUUUUUAAUUAGUUUUAUAAGCUAUUAAGAUGUACUGGCUAUGUUUUUAUAAUCUUAUUUAGUUUAAAAUGUAUGUGUUUUUUUCUGCGUUAAAAGUCAAACUUUGCACUGUCAUAGUGUUGACUUUAUUCUAAUGGAAGCCUUGUAAAGUCAGUAACACUGGUGUCUGGCAGUGUUCUUGGAGGACUUAAAGGAAAAGUUUGACAUUUUAGAAAAUAUAUUGCUUUUCUGCUGAGACUUUGGUGAGGCGUUUGAUAACUACUCUCAUGCCUGUACAGUAAAUAUGAAGCUACAGCCAGCAGCUGGCUAUUUUAGCUUAGCAUAAAGACAGGAAACAGGGGGAAACAGCUAGCCAGGCUCAUAAAAGGAAACUAAAUCUACCCACCAGCACCUCUAAAGCUCGCUGAUUAACAUGUUGCAUCUCAUUUGUUUAAUUCGUACAAAAAAUGGAAGUAUAAAAAUUACAAUUAUAUCAGGCUAUUUCUUGGCCAUGUCAAGCAACGGUGAAGUAUCUGUUAUAAACUUGGGUUUAUGUACAAACAAACAAACAAGAUGCAAUGUGUUAAUUACUGAGCUUUAGCACUUAGCUUUGGCAAGCCGUUUCCCCCUGUUGCCAGUCUUUGUGCUAAGCUAAGCUGACUGGCUGCUGGGUGUAGCUUCAUAAUUACUGUACAGCCAUGAGAUUGGCAUCACUGGUCUCAUUUAAUACUCAGCAAGAAAGCAAAUAAAUGUGUUUCCCAAGAUAAUUAACUCUUUCUUUAAGCCUCCUGCCAUGACAAGCCUAACCUUCCCCUCUACGGCAAAAGUAGAUGAACUUUUGACAGUCCAGAGAGAGGUUGCAGACUGUGCCACUGGUAAGCCAUAUGCUACUUCUAUUAUUAAAUAUAACACAGAUAUUUGAGGUAAUUAAAUGGUUGUAUAAUUCAUUCUUGCCUAUGCUGGAUAUUAACCAUUAGCCCAGCAUUGGACAUUUCUACCUCCAUCACUCAGGCACAUAAUGAAAAUAUUUUGUGUCCAUUUGCUUGCUUCAAAGAUGCUGACAUAUCAAAUUCUCAGCAACAUGUCAGACAUGUCAACAAUCAGUGGUUCUCUGUGACAGAAUAUUUAAUUCGUCGGUACCAGACUUUUUAUAGCUGUACCCCCAUGGUUAUGCUGUAGUUGCUUCUUCAACUGUGAUUGUUUAUUUUCUUCUGUUAAUGGUUUGUGCACCGUUUGACAAUUUCUUACUGUAUUUUCAUUUAUCAUGAGCUGAGCAACAGUUUAUCAUGAACAUGUUUUUUUAAAGGUGCUAUGUGUAGUAUUCUCUAAUUAAAGAAUAUGUAUUACUGUUAAAUUAUAACUUGGACCAUGGAUGUGACCGUGGUGUUCCAACAUUACCUCUUGAGAUCUACUCAAUAUUCAUUUGUUUCAUUAAACAUUAAGUGAUUCUUGAUUUGCUGACGAAUCCUGAAAAAUGGACUGUUGAUUUUGGAUGAAGUCAGUCACUUUUGCUUCUUUAUUGUCAGACUGGCAGCUGAAUAUUUAGAAGCAAAAGGGGGAAGAUAAUCAGAUUUGCUGCUAUUAAGAGGUUCAUAGUGACUAUAAAGUGUAGCACAUAUGUUAUUUCAUUAGGUAGUGUGAUAUUUAGUGGAAAUCCUACACAUAAUACCUUUAAGUGAAAGACGUAUUAUGAUUUUUCUCAUGGUAAAGACAAAGAAAUUUGUCCAAUUGUGAUUUUGUUUUUCUUUCUGGUGUCUUACACUGAAUUUGUGUUUUAAAAAAAAUAUUUUCUGGAGAAAAAAAAAGUACAAACACAAACAUUUCAGUUGUACGAAUUUAUCAUGUAUUUUUUGCUUUAUUAAAAGUGUAUACUCAUUGUGGGCGGUGUUUUCAGUAAUGUUUCAAUUUUGUUAAUUUAUUACUUAAAUGUUGAAAAUAUUAAACUUUUAAAACAUGACACUUGGUACAAACAUACAGUAUAUAUUUAAAUAUGAUACUUUGCAUGUGCACUAACUGUGUUGGAUUAAACUGCAUUAAGUUUAAAUAAAAUGGGUUUGAUGCCCAAAAUGUCA